GUCCAACGUCAACAUACAGAACCUGCCAAGCGGUGCAUUUGACAAUAUCACUCAUGCUACGCACAUCUACUUGGACGGGAACAGCAUAGGAAGCCUGCCCGGUGAUAUUUUUGGAAAACUUCCAGCCUUAGAAUAUUUAAAGCUGAAUGGUAACAGACUGAAGACAUUACCAAGUGAUCUGUUUAGCAGCAACCCCAACUUAACCAUACUGUAUUUGGAGUCUAACAUGUUAGAAAGUUUACCUUCUGGUUUGUUUGCUAACAACCCAGACUUAACAGAGCUGUAUUUGUCUGGAAAUCAGCUAGAGUAUCUCCCUCCCGGUCUCUUUGCCAAUAGUCUCAACCUGUCUAUAUCAGAGCUAAUGGACAAUCCGUUGAGUUUGGACACUAGGCUGUGUAUGCUGGUAGAGCCUGUAGAUUUCACACAGUUAGUCAAUGCUAGCAAGAACGUCACUGACUAUAUCACAAAACUGAAUGCAUCAUAUUGCUCGAGUAGCUGUGUGAACAUUCUCCAAGAACAACCGACUGCUUGCUCGGACGGACAGAGAUGUGUUGGAGUCGUGUCCAACUUUUCAUGCGUUGUGAAAACGUGCAGCAUUCGAGUUCCGGUGAAUGGUAACAUGUCUCCAAAACAACCAGCCAUUAACUACAAUGAGAGUGUCAGAUAUUCCUGCAAUGCUGGAUACGUACUGGUCGGAGCUGAGAGUGCAGCAUGUACUGACACUUCUCUGCUUUCCCAUUCGAUACCAACUUGCAAAGGUUGCUAA